CCGAAAUUUUUCCGCCCGAAGCGAAACUUCCCGUGAGAAAAGGCUGCCUCUUCGUGCGUGCUUCGUUGGCAGCUCUGUUUUUAUUUGGUGCGCACAAAAAACAUAGCCUGAGUGUUGUGCAAUAGAACAAAGUGCUGACAACGUGAUACGCCCGCGGGAAAACAGCGUUGACACCGAGAGGCAAUCUAGUAACCGUGCCCGAGCGAGGGUUGAAAAGUGGGUUGCCUGUUUGUUUAUUAAUAAAACACAGGCGUGACACAGACGAGCCGCUUCGUGUUCUCGGAACACUCCGGCCGGUUUAACUCACUAUAUUGGAGAUUACGUUUUCCUACACCAAAAAUAGUAAAACCAAGUAACGCUGAAGUGGAAACCCGCGAGAGAUUAUGAGCUUUGGGAAGCAGGAGUGACGAAGUGCGUGUGCUGGUGAGCAAGCUAAAUUGCCAGUUCAUCUAGUAAACCGUGGAUUGCCGUUUGCUCGCAUUCAGUUCAAUCUGCGGGAAAAUUCGCCAGUGCUUAUUUUGUAGGUGAUAAAAUUGUGUGGUCCACGGAAAGAAAAAGGCGCGGGAACGGUGUGGUAAUCAAUCACCGCGGUCGACCGCAAACUGACUGACCGCGCGAGCCAAUCAUCGUCUGUCCGAAAGUGCCGGGCCCCUGGUAUUGCUGAACAAAAAGGCUAAUCGAUACAUCCCCGAGAAGUAACCCGUUUCGGAGCCACACUGCACUCAAAAUGGUCGAUCACGUGCUGGACGUAGACAAUCUGAUCCAACGGCUCUUGGAAGUCCGGGGAUGCCGCCCAGGGAAGUCAGUCACGAUGCCGGAAGAGGAGAUCCGCUCGCUGUGUUUAAAAUCUCGUGAAAUUUUCCUCCAGCAACCGAUCUUGCUGGAACUAGAGGCUCCACUUAAAAUAUGCGGUGAUAUACACGGUCAGUACACAGAUUUGCUUCGGCUUUUCGAGUACGGUGGAUUCCCACCGGAGGCCAACUACUUGUUCCUGGGUGACUACGUCGACCGGGGUAAACAGUCGCUGGAAACGAUUUGUCUACUGCUAGCCUACAAAAUCAAGUAUCCGGAAAACUUUUUCCUGUUGCGCGGAAAUCACGAGUGUGCCAGUAUUAAUAGGAUAUAUGGUUUCUACGACGAGUGCAAACGGCGAUACAAUGUGAAGCUGUGGAAGACGUUCACAGACUGUUUCAAUUGCCUGCCCAUUGCCGCCAUUAUUGACGAGAAAAUCUUCUGCUGUCACGGUGGUCUAAGCCCCGAUCUGAACCACAUGGAGCAAAUCAAGCGCAUAAUGCGGCCGACGGAUGUGCCCGAUACCGGUUUGCUGUGCGAUCUGCUGUGGAGCGAUCCGGAUAAGGAUGUGAAGGGCUGGGGCGAGAACGAUCGUGGCGUGAGCUUCACGUUCGGGGUGGACAUUGUAGCGAAAUUUUUGCUAAUCCACGAACUCGAUCUGAUCUGUCGAGCGCAUCAGGUGGUCGAAGAUGGGUACGAGUUUUUCGCCCGCCGGUCGCUGGUGACGCUGUUUUCUGCACCCAACUACUGUGGCGAGUUCGACAAUGCCGGCGGCAUGAUGUCGGUGGACGCAAAUCUGAUGUGUUCGUUUCAGAUUUUAAAACCAUCGGAAAAGAAAGCAAAAUACCAGUACAGUGGCACCAGCAGCCAACGGCCACAGACACCCCAGCGCAAUCAGAAUCCAACAAAUAAACGGAAAUAAUAAUUCCUCUCCCUUCUCAACCGCUACCUGACGCGACGCGGCAAGAAAAAAUCAUCAACAGCAGCCGCCGCCAGCACGACCGCCAAUGCCAUCGCCAGCACUAGCCUCACAACCACCACCAGCAGCAGCAGCAGCAACGUCGAUGACGAAGAAAUCACUCUGACCGCCAGCACCGCGGUACCAUACGACCCGCGGGCGGAGAGUUUGGCACACCAGAACGGACCGGAACCAUCUGCAGCACCCAAUACGGCCUUACUACCUUCAUCGACAUCAUCAUCCCGAUCGUCUUUGGUGCUGGAUAAAAUCCCCUCAAAAGCAAUAAUGUUUACCACCGACGAGCGUUCUAACGGCGUACCGCAAUGCACCAGGGCGGCACCGGGUUCGCUGUCACGUCCGGCCACACCCUCGAUUGCUCGCUGCGAUGCGCGCAGCCUUUUGCUGGAGGCCGAAGAGGAAGAAGAAAUGGAGGUAGAACAACGGGUGGGAAGUUCGCUGCCACCACCUCCGCCACCACCUUCGAUACAGACAGUGCCGAUCAUGCAGCUGCAAGCGGUCCAUUUGCACCAAACGUCGUCCUCCGGCCGCCCGCGCACGGCGUCCACGUCGGAUGGGACGACUUCUUCGGAUGCGCACGGUUCAGGGCGUAUCUGUUUUUCACCGCCUCCGCCAGCCGUGGCUACGACUGUGCCAUCGACCAGCCGACAGCUACCACACUAUCCACCGGCGGUUGCACUCCCGAAGCCCACACCGCUGUGGGUUGCACCGGCUCCUACA